AUUCUCUAUUAUAUAAUGUAUACAGUCAUUCAUUUUGAAGAAGAUGACACUGUUGAAGCAGUACCAAGUUAUUGGUUUUCAGAAGACCAGUGUGCUUGGCCAAUAUUAAGAAGCAACAUUAAACGGUUCAUCGAAAAAAAAAUAAAACCAAAUGAUUUGGAAUUUUAUAUGUUAAAAGCAAGAAAAUUAUGUGGUGAAAUAAGUUCUUUAUCAGAUGCAAAAAAAUUGGCAACAAAAGCAACAUGCACAUCAAAUUUAUCUGGUGAUGAUAUAAGGGCAGCUAGAAUGAAAAAAAAAAAUUCAAAAAAUACUAUUAACGAUCCACCCAUGUUUAAAACUAAUGAUAUAAACCAGACUAUGAACCACAAUAAUCAAGAAGUUUUAACAGAUAAUGAUGAUAGCUAUUUUAUGGGAAAAAAAUCAUUAUCGUAUAAAGCUAGCAAAAAUAUACAUAAAAGAAAAUUUGAAAGUCCAAAGAAAAAAUGUUCACCUUCAAGUAAUUUAUUAAGUUUAGAAGAUGAUUCUAAAAUGAAAAAAGCUAGAUCAUCGAUAUUUGAUGUAUCAUCAUCUGAUGAUGAGCAUUUAUCAACCCAAUCAAAUUCACCACAUAUUUCUGUUCAUCAACCAUCUACCUCGAGUUAUGCUCAUCAGCCAAUUGCUUAUAAUUUACAGCCAUCAGUCUCUACAUCUACUUAUACUAAUAAUGAACCAUCUAUCUCUACAUAUAUUCCAAACCAUCUACCUCUACUUAUCAGUCAAAUUCUUCUAUUACUUCUGUUCAGCCCAUAACAGAUUUGCAUGCAGAUAUUUUAAAAAAAAUGUAUAAUACAGUUGUUGGAAUUAAACUAGACAUUAAAGAAAAUAACUAUAAAUUAACUAGGCUGGAAAAUACCAUCAAUGACAUGAAAGAAUUUUAUCGCAACACUAAUAAUGUAAUCCAUCAACAUACAGAAAAUAAAACAUGGGAUUUCCCAAUAAAAACAUUAGACGAACUUGACAACUUUGAAGAAAAACUUAGUGAUGAUCAAUUUAAAUCAAAUGUUAUAUUGGAAAAAAGUUUGUAUGUCCGAGAUAGUGUAGGAGCAACUGUUCGUUCUAUCCUAUAAAAUGUUUGACGAUAACCUAUUGAUGUUGUCUCAUACAUUGGGCAAAAAAAAAAAAAAACAUUUUCAAUAUUAAAAUCAAAUAGU